AUGAAGAAAAACAACAAAAAGUUGGAUGAUCAAGAUGCUCAUCCAAAGACAAAUGAACAAGAUUCCAAUCCAAAGACUGAUGACCCAGUUGCCCAACUCAACCCACAGCCUCAUCCCCCUGGAAAUAUUAAAAAGAAGAUGGAUGGAGGAGAGUAUGCUCCUUUUGUAGCUCCUCCCACAUUAGAGAGCAAUUUCAUUCAGGUCAACAGGAGAGGUGAAUCCAUUUACCUUCAUAACCGAGCCAACUGGGUGACUGUAGGCAUGUGUUCUUCCAGUCCCACUAACAAGAUCCCCAACGUGAUGCUGCUGGCAUAUCUGACAUCUGGUACUGAAAAAGAUAAGGGACCCUUCUUCAAAAGUCUCCUGACAUCACCACCUCCCUCUAAAGCAAAGCUGGUUCUUACCAGGUUUCUUCCUCUGCAGUUUUUGACUCUUUCUGUGCAUGAUGCUAAGAAUUUUCGCCUCAAAGUAAAGCUAGUAAGUGGCCGUGUCUACUAUUUGCAGCUCAGUGCCCCUGUAAACAAACAGGAGGCCUUAUUUUCCCAAUGGGUGGACCUCAUCUCUGUCCUGGAUCAGGAGAAAGCUAAAGCCCCCAAAGUGCCAGAAGGCUCCAGCACCUCUGAAGGCACAAACAGCACAGAAGCCACAGGCUCAGGGGACAUCAUGGAUAUUACAACGUGCACGGGUCUGCAGAGCCCCUUCCUGUACACGUAUACAGACCCCUCCCACGUAUCAGGGAGCAUAGAUUUCUCAGAAACCACCGACAUCACUGAUGUCACCGAUGUCACUGACAUUCCAGAAAGUGAGCACCCAGAAAUGCCAGAUGUAAGAAUUGUCACAGAAGUCACAGAAGUUGUAGACACCACAGAAGGCACAGAGAUUCCUGAUAACAUGAAUGUCUCAGAGGUCACGGUGGUAUUUGAAAAUGAUGACAUAAUAAGGGCAAAACAAGAAGAGAAGGAAAAAAUUGAAAAUAUCUUGAAACAUGGAUGUCUACGAAAUACAAAAAGUAAAACUGAAAUAAGGGACACAAAACAUGUUACCAUCUCAAACAUAACACUGACUUUCCAAGGUGAAAAAUGUUUUCAGACUACACUGACUCCUCCAAAACAUGAAGGAAAGAAACACAAAGAUGACAUCCCUGAAGAAAAGAGAGCUGAUUUUAAAAAGAAAGUUUCCAAGGCUGCAGAAUCUAGGCUGACAUCACCCAAUCUGCCUUGUGUCAGAGGAACUGACACAGACACUAAAGUUCACACAUUUUCUCUGCUGGGAACGCGUUUCAACCGCGCGGGCGGGCGGGCGGCCGGGCCAGCGCCUCCCGGAAUCCGUCCCGCCUCCAGCCUCGCGCGGGCCCGCGCAACUUUGACUCCACACCGGAGGGGCGUCGUCUGUGGAGUCAGGGAAUUCUGUAAACACAGAACACUCCACGCGUGUGCGUCACGGUGGCUGGGAAAAGCCAGGCGUCAAACUGUGCGACGGUGCCUGACUAGACGCGCCUCAAAGAGAAAAGACAUUCCCUCAGGAGGUGACCGUCACCCCGAGGAAGAUGGGGACUCCGAGGAAGCGGCCUCCCUCGCCAGACUCCGCCCCUGGGAAACGUCGCGCCCCCACACACGACGCUAG